AUGUCCCCAGUUUCUCCCUUUGUAUAUGCAGCGGAGCACUGGUUUCAGUUCAUGCCUGCAGCUAAGCUGCAUGUUUUGCGUAGCUUGACAAUGAGGAAUAGAUACUCACUGUCAUAUGACCACCUUUCCUCAUUAUGUGAUGAGAAAGGAGACACGGAGAAGGCAAAAAGACCUUGGGACUUUCUUCCAUCUGGUCAUAAAAUAGGAAAACCUGAACCGGUGUUCAAAGAAAUGAAAGAUGAAGAUGUAGAAUUUUUUAGGCAGAAAUUUGCUGGAAGUCAGUCUGAUAGAAUCGAGAAAGUAGAAGCUGAGGCGAAGAUUGCUGAGAAACUGAAGUCCACAAAGAUUUCAGAAGGGAAUGCAAAGAAACAAAAGGUGAAGUCCAUAGGUGCUGCAAAACCAAAGCCCUCAGAAGCAGAAAUUUCUGUUUCUAGGCUUGACAUUCGUGUAGGUCUCAUCAAGAAAGUUCAGAAGCAUCCAGAUGCUGACAUUCGUGUAGGCUUCGGCGUGAAAAUAAAGUUGCAUAUGCUAAUAAACCGUUACAGCGUAUCCCAGUGGUGAAAAGAUAAAUACUUGGAGUUAAUCUAGUUAAAGAAAUGCUUGAAUUGUGUUCUUUUGGUAAUGGUUUUUAUUUCAUUAUCAUUUUA